GUCCCCUCUAUAAAAUCUAGCGUUUGAGAGGCAAGAGAUGUGCAAGAAGCAUUUGCUUAUUCUUUCAAAAGCCCUUUGAAAAGUGCGAUCGAAACCAACUUUACAAAAUGGGUUCUUUAGGCACAACGAAGAAACCCCAUGCCGUGUGCAUCCCAUACCCAGCACAAGGGCACAUAAACCCAAUGAUGAAACUAGCAAAGCUGCUUCAUUUCAAAGGCUUUCACAUAACCUUUGUUAACACUGAGUACAAUCACAAACGCCUUCUAAAAGCAAGAGGCCCAAAUUCUGUGAAAGGCCUUCCCUCGUUUCGUUUUGAAACAAUCCCUGAUGGCCUUCCAGAGCCUGAUAUUGAUGCUACACAGCACGUGCCAUCCCUGUCUGAAUCAACUAGUAGAACAUGCUUGCCUCACUUCACAAACCUCCUUUCCAAACUCAAUCAUUCCUCAUGCAGUGUCCCUCCUGUGUCUUGUAUUAUUUCUGAUGGUAUCAUGAGCUUCACUUUGGACGCUGCCCAAGAAUUCGCCAUACCUGUGGUCUUUUUCUGGACCACUAGUGCAUGUGGCUUCAUGUGUUAUUUGCAAUAUCAGCGUCUUCUCCAAGCGGGCUUAACACCUCUCAAAGAUUCAAGUUACGUAUCAAAUGGAUACCUGGAGACAACAAUUGAUUGGGUGCCAGGCAUCAAAGAAAUUCGACUGAGGGAUCUCCCCACCUUCAUAAGAACCACAGAUGCAAAUGAUAUUAUGCUUAAUUUCGCACUCCGCGAGUGCAAGAGAAUUCAAAAAGCUACUGCAAUCGUUUUAAACACGUUUGAUGCCUUAGAGCAUGACGUGUUGGAAGCGUUCUCUUCCAUGUUCCCUCCUGUUUAUUCGAUUGGUCCCUUGAAUUUGCUAUUGAAUGACGUCACUGAUAAGGACUUGAAAGCAAUUGGGUCCAACCUUUGGAAGGAGGAGCCAGAGUGUCUAGCAUGGCUAGACACCAAAGAACCCAACUCUGUGGUUUAUGUGAAUUUCGGAAGCGUAACGGUAAUGACAAAUGAACAAUUGAUUGAGUUUGCAUGGGGACUCGCUAACAGCAAAAAAACAUUUUUGUGGGUUAUAAGACCCGAUCUUGUAGGAGGGGAAAACGCUGUUGUGCCGAAAGAGUUUGUGACAGAGACAAAAAACAGAGGACUUUUGUCAAGUUGGUGUCCACAAGAGGAGGUGUUAACACAUCCUUCAAUUGGAGGGUUUUUGACUCAUAGUGGUUGGAAUUCAACGUUGGAAAGUGUGUGUGGAGGUGUUCCAAUGAUAUGUUGGCCUUUCUUUGCGGAGCAACAAACUAAUUGCCGUUUCUGUUGUAAGGAAUGGGGAAUUGGGUUGGAGAUUGAAGAUGUUAAGAGGGACAGUGUUGAGAGGCUUGUGAGGGAGUUGAUGGAUGGUGAAAACGGUAAGAAGAUGAAAGAGAAGGCGUUGGAAUGGAAGAAGUUGGCCGCAGAUGCUGCUGCUUCUCCAAAUGGAUCUUCGUUUGUUAAUUUGGAGAACAUGAUUCGUGAAGUUCUUAUUUAGUGUGUUGAAAAGGCUGGAAUUUGCUUAUGAAUUCAUCAUUGAAGCUACAUUUAAGUUCUUUUGGUUUGUUCGCCCAGUGUCCCAACUUAAUACUUGUUUCUAAAGUUUGCUAGUAUGAAUAAAUAGGUUUAGCUUGUUGUUCUCUUUUUAUCUUGAUUAAGGGUUUAUUUGUUUAUGAUUAAAAUAAAAGUGAAUAUAAGAUUAUGUAAACUUUUAUUUAUUAGAAGGUUCAUGCGUGUAAAAAUUAACUUAUAUCUGGUUAUAAUUAUAAAAAGUUUUUUUUUUAC